CCGUGCUGACUGCUCUUCGUGGGCCGGUCACUUCCCAUCCUACUAUCAUGAAGAUUUUAGAGACCUGUCAUCGAUUGAUUACUUUGUCUGAUCGCGAACUUGUUAUUUUGUGGAUCCCUGGACACUGCAGCAUCACUGGGAACGAGCUAGCUGACCGUCAGGCCAGGGAGGCUAUCUCGCUGGAUCAAAUAGUAGUCCUUGAAAUGGGUCCCAAAGAGCACUAUCCCGAUAUUGGGUUGUCUGUCCGUCGCCUGUUCAAUCAGUGCUGGCAGCAGUAUAACUCAAACACCAACUUGAAGUUGAUAAAGGAUGAAGUUGGAUCAUGGUCAUCUUGUAAACGCGCCAGUCGCAGGGAGGAAAUCUUGUUAUGUCGCAUGCGAAUAGGACAUACACGAUUCACUCACGGACAUAUAAUAGAUAGAGACCCCAGGCCUGAAUGUAACCGAUGUUUGUGUCCCCAGUCAGUUAAACAUAUACUUGUGGAGUGCCCAGUGUAUGCUACUCACCGACAAUCGAUUGUUCAGAAGUGCCUUCAAUUGGAUGUACCACUUACCCUGAAAACUCUUCUGGGUGAUCAACACCCGGACAUCACUGACGAGGUUUUCAGGUUCCUACGUGCUACCAAUCUCUUCAAAAAGCUGUGACUGCGAUGAUCUGCGAUGAACUAGCUGUGAUUAUUUGUGUUUGAAGCUAUCAUGUGCAAUUAUUGGAUUAUGUUAGUCUACCUGCCGAUUGGCGAACCCCGUCGCGACUGAUGCGGAGGGCAUGGCCGUCGAUCUGGCACAUUGAUGUGAUCUCCUGCUUUUGUAAUUUGUGUUGAUUGUUUACUUUAUCGUCUCUCUGGUGUUUUGUGCUAUGUGCUGCGACUGCUCUGUGGACGUCCUCAUGUGUGUAACAGUCGUGCAUUGUGUGGGAAUGAUUGGAUGAAUGGAGAUUGAAUGUUGAAUGAGAAGGAUGCGGGAGUGGAGAUGCAUCGGUGUGAGAGAUGGAUGCAGUUAGUGGAUGAAUGAAGAGCAGCCUGUAUUGGUUUGCUACUGUAGUUUCUUUUUCUAGAUUUCUCUUGGAUGUAUACCUUCGUUAAUCUUUUUUGUACCAUCCGGUCCCUUCUUUUGUAGAAGUAGUCGCAUAGUUCCGAAGUUGAGGCUCGUUAUGAUCGGUAUGAUCAUGAGACAUGAACCCUCCAACGCAAGUUGAUAACUGAGUGAGGUACCAAGAGCAGACUCGUGCCUGAAGAUCCUUUUGAACUGAAUGGCUCGCUGGACAGAUGCGAGGUCAAGAGCGUUAUGAUUGAAUGACUCAUAACCAGAAACCAUCCUUUUUGUUUCUAUUUUUAAGUUUUUAAUCAGUUAUAUGUUAGAAACUAACCGUUACUAAUAUACUUCACCGGACAUUUCCUGCCUGGACAUAUCCGAAGCCCGCGCAUACAUCCCCAUGCCAUCCCAUGCUAAACCUAUCAUUUUCCUUCAUCUGCUUAGUUUCCCUCUGCACAAUCUGGCUGCAACCGAUUGCAACAUCUACUCGAUCGAGACCAGAAUGGCGCACUGAUGACAACAACUACGGACGCUUGAGCUCAACGAGGCUAUGCGCCCUAACCCAACAAGUACAAUUCUUAGAUACUGAAUAAAGAUACUGAACCAAUUAUGAAGAACAAGGAAGCAUCCAAGAAGUUAAAAGGAAAAGGGAAAAAGAAAAACAACUCUGAACUGGAAGAAAUAAAGGCACUUGAGGAACAAUAUGAAUCAAUCAGUGCGGACGUGUCGUCGUUUGACGAGCUGCCGCUGUCUGAGCGCACGCGGCAGGGCCUGCGGGACCACGAUUUCACCACGCCGACCGACAUCCAGCGGGAGGCGGUCCGGCUGGCGCUGCAGGGCCACGACGUGCUGGGCGCCGCCAAGACCGGCUCCGGGAAAACGCUGGCCUUCCUCAUACCGAUGCUGGAGCUGCUCUACCGUCGCCGCUGGACGCGCGUGGACGGCCUGGGUGCGCUCAUCAUCACACCGACCCGGGAGCUGGCCUACCAGAUAUUCGCCGUCCUCGGCAACAUCGGUCAGCAGCACGACUUCUCGGCGGGACUCAUCAUAGGCGGCAAGGACCUGAAGUUUGAGCGUAAGCGGAUGGACCAGGUGAACAUCAUAGUCUGCACUCCGGGCCGACUGCUGCAGCACAUGGACGAGAACCCGCUCUUCAGCGCCGACAGCCUCCAGAUGCUGAUUCUGGACGAGGCGGACCGGUGCCUGGACAUGGGGUUCGCCAAGGCGAUGAACGCCAUCAUCGGCAACCUGCCCACCGAACGGCAGACGCUCCUCUUCUCCGCCACGCAGACCAAGUCGGUGCGGGACCUGUGCCGCCUCAGUCUGAAGGAGCCCGUCUACGUAUCCGUCCACGAGAAGGCCAAGCACAGCACCCCCUCGGGGCUGGCGCAGAGCUACAUCGUCUGUGAACAGCACGAGAAGCUAGACACCUUCUGGUCGUUCCUGCGCCACCACAAGCGGCACAAGAUCCUCUGCUUCAUGCAGACCUGCAAACAGGUGAAGUACAUGUACGAGGUGUUCUGUCGCCUGCGGCCCGGUAUCACCGUGAUGGCUCUGUACGGAACGCUGCACCAGCUGCGCAGAAUGGCCAUCUACGACGACUUUUGUCGGAAACAGCGAGCCGUCCUCUUCGCCACGGACAUCGCAGCCAGGGGCCUCGACUUUCCUGCGGUGCACUGGGUGGUGCAGCUGGACUGUCCUGAGGACGCCAACACCUACAUCCACCGCGCCGGGCGCACGGCCAGGUUCCAGAAGGGCGGCGAGACGCUGCUGGUGCUCACUCCCAGGGAGGAGGAAGGCAUGGUCAGUCAGCUGCAGCAGAGAAAGAUUCCCAUCGAGAAAAUCGAAGUGAACAAGAUGAAGACGGCGACGGUGCAGCGGAAGGUGGAGGCGUUGCUGGCCCGAGACGUCAACCUCAAGGAGUCGGCCAAGCGCGCCUUCAAGUCCUACUUCAAGUCCACCUUCCUGAUGAAGAACAAGGAGGUGUUUGACGUCACCAGCGUGGACACGGAGGCCUACGCCAGGUCUCUGGGUCUGGCCGUGGCGCCCCGGAUCCGGUUCAUGAAGAAACAGCAGCAGCAGCAGCAGGCGGCGGCGCCCAAGCCAGUGAAGACGGAGGCGUCCACCUCAGCCGCUGCGGCCGCCAGCGGCUCGGCGGAGGAGCAGGACAGCGGCAUUGACGAGAGCAAACAGACGGCCGACGGAAAACCGUACAAGCCGCUCUUUAGGACCGCCUACAACUUCCACGACGAUGACGGUGACGGCGACUCGGAUGACGGCCUUCUGAAGGUGAAGCGCGUGGACCACUCGAUCGGCACCGACCCCGUGGUGGAGGAGGAGCUCAGGAAGCGCGAGGAGCGCCGAGCCUCCAAGAAGGUCACCAAGGCCGCCGCUGCGCACCGCAUGCUCAAAAAGAGCAUCCUGCCUAACAAGAAAAUGACCUUCAAUGAGGAGGGCGAGGCGGUGCUGGACCACACGCGCCAGCAGGUGUCGGAGCUGGCGCAGAAGUACCAGCAGGAGGGUGGCAGCGGCAUCGACAUCGACACGGUCCGGCAGAUCCUCAAAGAAGAGGACCGCAUCGACCGGCAGAUCUUCAAACAGAAGAUCCAGGCCAAACACAAAGAGAAGAAGCGGAAGCAGAAACCGGAGCCGGAGCCGGACGAGGGCGGCUCCGAUGACGACGGCGGCGUCCGGCUGGCCUCCCCGCCGCCCGACGAUGACGCCUCGAUGGCGGACGAUGACGCCGCGUCACCGGCAGCCAGCGAUGACGAGGAGGCGGCAGAUUACCGCGGCCCGGCGCUGGCGGAGUCCGACAGUGACGAGGGCGGGCCCAGGAGCCUGGCGCCCGCCUCCUCAGACGAGAGCGACGAUGAGCCAGCGGUCAGACCGGCGGCGAAGCGGAAGGCCAAGCAGUCGGCCUCCCCCUCGAAGCGGAGUCGGCGGCGGCAGGCCGACUCUGACGACGACCUUAUUGAGACGGGCGGCACGGUGGCAGACGACGAGGCACUGGCGCUCCACCUGCUGACCGGCUGACAGGCCGCGCCGGUCCAGUAGGUGUACGGGGUCGGGCCAAUGACACCCCACACUGUCAACUCGGGGUGGUACGGUGCGGUCUGAAUCGGGGACUGGAGCAUUGUGAUGCAUUGUUUUGAAUCUGUUUUGCAACUGCCGAUGUGUCGAAUAUAUAGGUCUAUGCGAA